AUGAUGGACAACCCUGAACGGUUCAGAGCGGUGAUUCGUGUUCUGUUGAGACAACAACUAGCUGAUGUAUCUAUUCUCAACGAAUUGAAUAAAAAAUUAUCAAAAAUGAUAAUGAACCACCCUGAGCCAAAUCUUCGGCUGGGGUCAAUGUUUCAUCGAGCACAAUGUGUAAAAGAAUUCAAGCGUUCAAAAAUUCAAGUGACUUUUCCAUUGCUGUUGCCGGAAGAACUACUGAUCUGGAAGUGUGAAGAUAUUGGGAUAAUCCGAAACGGCACAUACGAAUUCUAUAAGUUGAACCCGUCUUGGAUGGUAGAAGACGAGGGAGAAAAAACUUUCAAAAUCAAUAUAAAUGAGUGUGUUAAAAACCAAUUCAAUCAAACUUUUUGUCAAACUGGAGCCAAAGUGUUCUACGAUGCGAAAUGCUCAAUAAAUAAUGUAGAAACAUGCAGCAGAACUUAUGUGAAACCGAAGGAGAAACAUGGCUCCUACUCUCGAACCUUGCCAAAUGCAAAUAUCAAAGAUCAGACGGAAAAGUGCUGA